AUGGGAAAGAGAAGAGUCAAGAGAGCGUCAGAGCUGAGAAACGUCAAGCGGAGGAAGGAGGAAGAUUCCAAGCUUCAGUCUUCUGUCUUUUCAAGAGUUGAAGAUGAUAUUUCAGACAUUGAAGUAGACGACCAAAAUGAGGAGUAUAUGGAAGUGCCAGAGGAAAUUGAGGACGAAGAGGCCGAGGAUUACGAGCGGAUCCCUAGAGCGUUCAACGAUCCUGAUGCCAAUGGGGAGGAAGGAUUACCAAUUCGUAGAUCAGAUGGUACUUUGCAGAGACGGAUCAUUAUGAAAACAUCGAAACCCACGAACGAUGAAGCGGCGAAUGAUGAGGAAGAUGGUGUUUCUGGUGAGGAGGAGGCGGAAGAUCCUGAAACCAGAGAGGAGAAGCAAAGGCCCGGCGCUGGUGAAGAAUUUGACGAGGAAGCUGAUGAGUCUUACAAAGGGCUAACGCCAGAGGAGAAAGUCAUCAAGACCAAGGAGGACAUUGCCGAGAUGGCUCAGAACCUCAUUGAAAACCCAGAGGAGAACAUUUUACAGUUGUCAAGAUUGAGGAGGAUGUCUAAUUCCAAGAAUCCAUUGACAGCUAAACUUGCAAUAUUGGCAAUGGUUCCUGUUUUCAAAAGUAUAGCACCAUCGUAUCAUAUCAGGGCCUUGUCGGAAUCUGAGAAGAAGGAGAAAGUCAGCAGAGAAGUUGCAAAAUUAAGACUCUUUGAGCAGCAUUUGGUGUUGAACUACAAACAUUAUGUUGAACUACUGGCUGAAAAGGCAGCAAAGUUUUCAACACAGCCCAAGGUUACGUCAUUGGACGCAGAGAUGGGUAUCAUCGCAAGUAAUGCAGCCUGUGAGUUGGCCUCUGCCUUAAGGUAUUUCAACUUCCGGAAGGAAGUUCUCAAGAUCAUCACUAGAAGAGUAAUGAAAAAACCACAAAAUGAACAUGAAUUAAAAGUCUUCAAAAAGUGUGUAUCAACAUUGGAAGAGCUCUUAGUUGAAGACUCAUCUAAUGGUGAUAUCUCUUUAGAACUGGUUGUUCUUUUGUCCAAAAGUAUAAGGAGGAGAGCUUUCAACGUUGAUGAGUCUAUUAUCAACAUUUUACUCUCUUUAACCGUCUUGAAUGAUUAUUCACCAAAUUCCAGGGAAAAUGAUGAUUCUCCAAAACUCAAGAAAAAAGAUAGAAUCCAUUUGAGUAAGAAGGAAAGAAAGCAGCUGAAGGAACGUAAAUUGAUCGAUAAGGAAAUGAGAGAGGCAGAACAAGCUGUUACUGCUGAGCAAAGGGAGAAAAACCAAGCUCAGAUACUCAAAAUGUUAUUACUCUUUUAUUUGGAAAUCCUAAAAGCAAGACCGGUAAAAUUAAUGGCUGCAGUUUUGGAAAGUUUGUCAAGGUUUGGACAUAUGGUGAAUAUAGACUUGAUGGGUGAUUUCCUACAGGUUAUGAGAGAAAUUGCAGAAGAAAUAUUAAUCAAUAAAGAUUUGAACAGCAAUGAGGUGAGGCAGGUUCUAUUGUGCAUUAUAACAUCUUUCUCCUUGGUUGCCAAUCUGCCAUCAAGGAAGGUUGUUGUUGAUUUGAACAAGUUCGUCGAUUACUUGUAUUCUUUAUUGCCAAACUUGUCCCUCGACACAGAAAUUGAGUUUUCACAUAAGACAUUGAGACUUAUGGAUCCAUUAUCCUCGGAGUUGAAUAUUAAACCCUCUGUGAAUGUCUCAACCAAGGCAGAGUUACUAUUGAGAUGCUUAAAUGCCAUCUUUUUCAAUUCCAAGAGUGGAUCUAGUAAGCGUGCAUUGGCUUUCACCAAAAGACUCUAUCUAGCAGCAUUGCAUUUACCUGAAAAAUCAUCCGUUGCCUCGAUGAAGUUUAUUGAUAAACUGAUUGGCAGAUACGAUGAUAUUAAAACCUUGUACUCUACUGAAGAUAGAGUUCAAAAUGGCAUUUAUAAUGCUGAAAUUGACGAAACUGAAAGAGCAAAUACUGAAGUUGCUGUUCUGUGGGAAAAUGUUCUUUUAGAUAAACACUAUGCUACCAAUGUUGCAAUGGGCGCAAGACAUUUAUUUAAAAAUGCAAAAUAG